UUAUAUUGUAUAUAUAAUUAUAUAUAUGUGUGUAUAUAUACAUAUAUAUAUAUAUAUAUAUAUAUAUAUAUAUGUAUAUAUUAAAGAUAUAUAUAUAUAUAUCUUUAAUAUAUAUAUGUAUAUAUAUUAUAUAUAAAUAUAUAUAUGUAUAUAUGUAAUAUAUAUAUAUAUAUAUAUAUUUAAUAUGUGUGUGUGUGUGUAUAUGUAAUAUAUAUAUGUAUAAAAUAUAUAUUUUUUUAACUUUAAUAUAAAUUAAACAGUUUUUAACAAAUAAUAGUUUUUAACAUAUUUGAUGUGAAGUAUUACUAAAAUAUUACUAAUAAUAUUAUUAAGUUAUAUUAAAUAAAUCGUAUUUUAUAAAAUAUAAUAAAUUUCAUUAUAAAGUUGAAUUUAUUAAAAUUAUCAUUUAAUUGAUUAAAAACUAGAUAUUUAUAUAAAAAAUUUUAAAUAAUUGAAUUAGUUUGUUUUACAAUUGAAAAAAUGAAUGCAAUAACAACAUAUAAAUGUAAAAUAUAUUAUGCUAAUAUAUUUAUGCUAAGUAUAAAAUUUUUUAAUUGAAAUAUCAAACUUAUUAAAUAGUUUAUUAUAUAUAAUACUAUCAAUAAUUAUUUAUAAACAUAAUUAUUUUUACUAAUUUAUCAAUUUAACAAUUAAUUUUAAAUCAAUUUCAUUAUAUAAAGUGUCACAAAAAUAUGGAAAUUCUCAAUGUAAUUUCGUGCCUUUCGACAGAUUUUUUUCAAUAUUAUUUAGAUUUGUCCGUGUUCUGCCAAUACUACUGCGAAUUAGUUUAUGCGUUUCGUGAUUGGCCAAAGUUUUUCGUUAAUAAUUCAUUAACAAAACAAUAACGGAAGUUUUUACAAAGAAAAAUGUUACGUGAAAUUACUUUGGAAAUUUUUAUUUAAUCUAUAUUUGAGAUAUUUUGUACAUGAUAUUAAGAUAACAAAUCGUUAAAUUAAGUUAUAAAACAUAUUAAAAUACGUGUAAUAUAUAUUAAAAGUUAAAUAUUCAUGUUCUCAAUAUAUAUGUAUACACACACAUAUAAAUACAUGUUGUCUCAAAAAAUUUUAAUAAAAUAUAUGUAGAAUAUAUAAAAAUUUAUAUACAUAAUUUGAUUUAUGAUAUAUAUAUAUAUAUAUAUAUAUAUAUAUGUAUAAAAUAUAAAUAUAUAAAUUUUGUUAUAUAAAUUAUUAUAUUAGAUGAAAAAAGUAAAUAAAAAAAAUCGAUAUCACGAAUAUUUCUUUGUUUUAAUAAUAAACUAAAUAAUUAAUAAAUAUUGACAAGUUAGAGCUUACAAUAUUCAUCUAUGAAACAGUGCUACUAAUAUAAAUUCUAUUUACUUUCAUUUAACUUAUAGGACUCAUAACUAACUUAUAACAAAAUAUUAAGUAUUAUAUAAUGUACAUAUCAAUAGCAUAUAAAAAAAAACAUAACAGCAAUUUCAUAUUUAAAAUUUAUUAAAAAUAAUUGUUUAACAAAUAUCAUAACUGAAUUUAUAUGCAAAUUUUUUGAAAUGAGAUAAAAAUUUCUGAUAAAAAUUUAUUAUCUUAAUUUAAAAGAUUUUAAGAUUAGAAUUUUAAAUUCUAUAUAAAUAUGAUAUAGCACUUUUAUGUAGUGAUUAUAAUUUUACGUAAUACAAAUAGCGAAUUUACUAUAGCAAUUGUAUCGCCAUGAAUCGAAUAGUGAUAUUUGGAGCUACGGGAAAUACAGGAUUAUGUGCUUUAAAUAGUGCUGUAAAUAAGGGAUUAAAUGUAAAGGUAUUUGUGAGAGAUGAAAACAAAGUUCCAAUGAAUUUAAAAAAUAAAAUUGAAAUAAUUAUUGGGGAUGUUACUAACAAAGAACAAGUUUCAAAUGCAAUAUCUAAUACAGAUGCAGUGGUUGUUGUGCUUGGUACACGAAAUGAUUUAAGUCCAACUACAAUAUUGUCUACUGGUAUGAAAAAUAUAAUAGAUGCUAUGAAAAUGCACAAUGUAGAAGUAGUAUCUGUUUGUUUAUCUGCAUUUUUAUUUUAUAAACCUGAAGCAGUGCCUAAUAUAUUUAAAGAUUUAAAUGCAGAUCACCAACGUAUGUUUGACCUUCUUAAAGAAAGUCAAUUAAAAUGGAUUGCAGUAUUACCACCUCAUAUUGCAGAUGUACCAAAUUCAAAAUAUAUAGUGAAACAUGAUGAAUCUCCAGGUCGAGCUAUUUCCAAACAUGAUUUAGGUGCUUUUCUUAUUGAAAGUCUUCAACAAACAGAACAUUAUCAAAAAAUUUGUGGUAUUGCUAACAUUGCAUAAUAUAACAAAAAAUAUAUUUUGUAAUAUGUAAAAAACUUAAGAGUAUUUUAUAAAAUUUUGUUUAUUUUUAAAGAUAUAAAAAAGUAAAUAAUAAAUUUAAAAAUUUAUUAUUUUUAAUUUGUACAAAAGAAA